AUGGGAUGCUGUUUCUCUGAGCCAGUAGAUUUCGACGGCGAGGUCAACCUCUAUCACUUUGACCUCCACCGCGCUGUGGGGAAGGGCGCUUUUGGAAAGGUCCGCGUUGUUGAACACAAGCGAUCCAAGAAGCUCUAUGCCCUCAAGUACAUCGACAAGACACGCUGCAUAAAACAGAAGGCUGUCGCGAACAUCAUCCAAGAACGGAGAUUGCUCGAAGAAAUCGACCACCCUUUCGUCGUCAACCUGCGCUAUGCAUUCCAGGACGACGAGAACUGCUUUUUCGUCCUCGACUUGAUGUUGGGUGGCGACCUCCGAUUCCACUUGGAACGCAAAGGCCACAUCCCGGAGAACGUCGUGCGAUUCUGGGUAGCUGAGCUCUCCAGCGCGGUUGACUACCUGCACCGACAGCGGAUAAUCCAUCGUGAUAUCAAGCCCGACAACAUCCUCCUCGACUCGGAAGGUCAUGCCCACCUCACCGACUUCAACGUCGCAAUCCACUACUCCUCGUCACGUCUACAUUCCUCCGUGGCUGGCUCCAUGGCCUACAUGGCACCCCAGGUGGUGUCACGGAAGGGAUACAGUUGGCAGAUUGAUUGGUGGAGUUUGGGAGUCACAGCCUACGAGCUGAUCUACCACAGGCGACCGUUUGAUGGUCGGAAUGCAGAGAAGAUGACACAGAGUAUCAUGAAGGAUACAUUGAAGUUCCCUGGAAGGGAAAGCGGAGAGGACGAGAAAGAGAGGGAAAAGGAGUCGUGGUGCAGUGACGAUGGGGUUAGCGCUUUGAGAGCGUUCAUCGAACGAGACCCUCAUCAGCGCCUAGGUUGCAAACCGGACGCACGCGGUUUGGAAGAUGUGAAACGACAUCCGUGGUUUAGAAAAAUCGACUGGGACGCGCUCGAGAGCAAGACGAUCCAGCCACCGUUUGUACCUGACACGUUUAUCGAGAGCGAUCGUACUGACGCGAAGCUCGCGUAUGAACAGAUGAAGCAAGCCAACUUUGACGUCUCACACGAACUGGACGAGUUCCUCAUGGUCGAAAAGCCGCUUACCCACUCCAAACGAAAGGCCAACCCCGAUCUCGAGAAAAUGAAGCCUGAACUGCGUCAACUGGAGGAGCAAUUCACCGUGUAUGACUUUACAUCUUCCAAACGCCUGUCUUAUUACCCCCACAACCAGCCCAUAGUUGCACUCACAGGGACCGAGUCUGGUGACACCGACCGGACGCUGGCGGGUACGAUUAUUGCAACGCAGACUAUGGUUGAGCGGAGUCAGGCAGGAUCGCCUAUCCAGGGCUUGGAGAGCCAAGGAGGGUAUGACGGAGGUUACCAGAGGCAUCAAAUGUCGAUUGAUCAGCAGAGAGGGUACACUGGGAGUGAAGUCAACACCAGCAAAGAAGACAGUCGAUCCAGUAUUCAAGGCCGCAGAGGCCGCAACAUGCGCAUAUUCAACACCAACAAUAUCAGCAUCCGUCACAACCACGGCCGUCCUCGUAAACGCAUUAUAUCUCAAGUCCCUGAGAACUUGUUAUGA